ACUUCAACUUCAUUCAAUCAAUAAUAUAAUCUCUCUCUCUCUCUCUCUCUCUCUCUCUCUCUCUCUUGAAUUCUUCCAGCAAUUAAACAAGAACCAUCUCCUAACACCUUUAUUUAAUUAUCCAUCCAACCUCUAUCCAUACAAAACCAUCCACAAUCUCAAUCCAAUCGGUCUUCAUCGGAUAAAAGUUCUGAUUUUUCUUGUUUUAGGGGCAUGGAGGGUCUGGAUUAAGCAAUAUUCCAAAGCAGUUAAAUCUUCUCAUCUUGAUUAAUUCGGGCACUGCAGAACCGAGCAGUGCCCAUGGACGCCUCCACGAGUGGAACCCCAAGCAUUCAAUACCACAACAUUCCCGAUCAACCAAUCAUUCCCAUUCCCGUUAGUCCAUCGUUUAAUCGACAAACCCGACAUUGUUUCGGAGAUGAAACACCAGGAGAAUUCCCAUUAUCGGCAAACCCGUCAAUCGUUCUUCAUGUUCUCACUGGUUGUAAUCUUGACCCACAAGAUCUAGCCAAAUUAGAGGCUACGUGUUCUUUCUUUCGGCAACCUGCCCAUUUUGCCCCUGAUCAUGAGCUCUGUUUAUCCGAGCUUGCAGCUCUCGAUAUGUGCCAAAAACGAGCAAUUUUUAAACCGAUGACGUUAGAAGAGCGUGACGAAAUGAAAGUAAGAUGUGGGGGGUCUUGGAAAUUGGUUUUAAGAUUCUUGUUGUCCGGUGAAACAUGUUCUAGAAGGGAAAAGUCUCAGGCUAUAGCUGGACCGGGCCAUAGUAUUGCCGUGACUUCAAAAGGGUCCGUUUAUUCUUUCGGGUCAAAUAGCUCGGGUCAAUUAGGUCAUGGCACCACCGAAGAGGAGUCGCAGCCUCGCAUAAUCAGAUCGUUGGCAGGCAUACGUAUUAUACAUGCAGCAGCAGGAGCGGGCCGAACAAUGCUAAUCAGCGAUUCCGGGCAGGUUUACGCCUUUGGGAAAGACUCAUUUGGCGAAGCUGAAUACGGAGUUCAAGGAAGUCAACAAGUCAACACGCCUCAAAUAGUUGAGUCGUUAAAAGGAAUAUUUGUCGUACAAGCUGCGAUUGGAAACUUUUUUACAGCUGUAUUAUCACGAGAAGGACGGGUCUACACGUUUUCUUGGGGAAACGAGAAUAAACUCGGUCACCAAACCGAACCGACUGAUCUUGAACCACGCCCGUUGUUGGGCCCACUUGAAAACAUACCGGUGGUUCAAAUUGCCGCCGGAUAUUGUUACCUUCUUGCUUUGGCUUGUCAACCUACUGGCAUGGCGGUGUACUCGGUUGGAUGUGGAUUAGGAGGAAAAUUAGGGCACGGGACGAAAACCGACGAAAAACAACCACGAUUGAUAGAACAGUUUCGGACAUUGAACCUGCAGCCGAUGGUGAUUGCAGCCGGAGCAUGGCAUGCAGCUGUGGUUGGGACCGAUGGUAGGGUGUGCACAUGGGGUUGGGGUCGGUACGGUUGUUUAGGCCAUGGGAAUGAAGAAUGCGAUUCGGUACCAAAAGUGGUCGAAUCUUUGAGCGGUGUUAAAGCUAUACAUGUUGCUACUGGAGAUUAUACGACUUUUGUCGUUUCUGAUGAUGGUGAUGUUUAUUCUUUCGGGUGUGGUGAAUCGUCGAGUCUUGGACAUAAUACUGCAGAUGUCGAUGCACAGGGAAAUCAACAUGUUAAUAUCUUGACGCCGACGUUAGUGACAUCGUUAAAGCAAAUUAACGAAAGGGUGGUGCAAAUCAGCCUCACAAACUCGAUCUACUGGAAUGCACACACAUUUGCCCUGACAGAAACCGGGAAGUUAUAUGCAUUUGGGGCGGGUGACAAGGGUCAACUAGGAGUGGAACUCGCUGCCAACCAAACUGAGAGGGCCGCACCAGAGCGGGUCGAACUUGAUCUCAGUUAGCAGAAUCCUAUGAUGAUAAAUUGAUGAAUAUGGAUCAAGUCAAGUUAUUUAUGUUUUCUUUUCAGUUUGGUGUUUGUUCUUUCCUUGUGUACAUAGAAACAAAAGAAGGAUUUGUGAAGGAUGUAAAUAGUUGGGGUAGAAAGUGCUUUUUAGGAAAAUGUUGGGGGCUUGAAGUAAAUGUCUUUUAAUUGUUUCUAAAUGAGUAAAUAUUUCAGUUGCAUUUGUGUGUUA